AAAUUAAUUUUAUUUUAGAAAUAUGGAAUGCUUCAUGUUUUUACUAUAAAUGGAAAAUAUCUCUGUCAUCGAGAGCUGUCUUCAUCUAUUAUAGGAAUGUGCAUCUCUGGAAAUUAUUUGGUUACUGGUGAUUCAAGUGGAAUGUUAAAUGUUUUUGAAAUUUAUGGGUUGAAAUCUGCCACAUCAUUAUCAUUGCAUAUACCCAUCUUAGCAGUAAGUGUUACUCCAGGAAAUACACAUAUAUUAGCAAGUCUGCAAGAUGGUAAAUUAAUAGUAAUUGGAAUAGCAUUUACUCCAGAUUAAAAAUAUCAUCUACAAAUUAAAGUAACCAUUCUAACAUUCUUUAUUUGUGAUUGCUCAAGAAUUGUUUAUUUUUUAUAGUCCUUCAGGAGAAUUGAUAAUAUUUAAUUUUUUUAAGUGAGAAUUCAAUUAAAAAUUAUUUUAAAAGUAGUGAUAUAAACUGAAAAAUUCAUAUUUUCUGAAGUGUAUUGAAAUUUUUAAUUAAAAAAAUUGUAAAAUAAUGUUUUUAUGAAAUAACCAUAAUAAUUCUGUGUUGUUUGAACAGAAUAUAAUAGCUUCUAUAAAUAUUUAAUUAUGUAGCAGCUUAACCACAAUAUUUAUGGGACCGAACCAAUCUUUUCCAGAGUGAAAAAAUAAUUUCCAGACUAUAUAUAUAUAUACAUUCUUGGUUAUUUCUGAAUUAAGUACUUAUUAAUUUAAUAUAAUAUAAUACAGUACAAUUUUUUGUGCUUUUUUGUCAAUCAAAUGAAAAAAAGAUAUACAAUGUAGAGUUAAGAAUUAUUUCCUGCAUAGUAAAUUCCUCCAUGAAAAAAAAUUUUAACUGAAAAAUACACAUCUGUAUACUUAUUGUGUUCAUGAAAAUCUAUUUCUAUCCAAAAAAAAUUAAAUUUUUUAUAAGCACAAAAAUUCCAAUACUGUAAUGUGUGUCAUUAUUUAAUUCAAAUAUUUUCUCUAUAAUAUAUUGAAAUGAUUAAUUUGAUAUAAAAAGUAAAUGAGUUUAAAAAAAAACAAAAUAAAACCAAAAAUUUGGAUAAACUACCCAGUUUAUAAAAUAAAAACAUAUCUUUCACAAUCUGCACUACAGUAUAUGUAUUUAUGAACAUUAUUAUAUUUGGUAAGUAUUUACCUUAUAUAAUAUUGUAGGUCAUGUGAUCUUUCUUAAGAUUAAUGAUAUUCUUAGAUUAAAAAAGUAUAUACAGUAGUACAGUACAUGGU